AUGUCGUUCCAAACCCGCCUCAUAGAAGAGAAUGAGGAGAGUGAAGAACUGAGUGAAGAGGAGGAGGAACAUUAUGACAAACCUGGAGAAAAACCUUUGAGUCACUCAAAGACUAAAAAGACAUUUUUAAAGAAAAGAAGAGACAAGAAAUCUGUCACCUGCACUCAGUGUGGAAAGAGUUUGACAACCAAACGUAUUCUUGAGUUUCACAUGAGAGUUCACACUGGAGAGAAACCGUUCACCUGUGAUCAGUGCGGGAAGAGCUUCUCACAGAAAGGACACCUUAAGAGUCACAUGAGGAUCCACACUGGAGAGAAACCAUUCAAAUGUCAUGAAUGUGGAAAGAGAUUUUUUUGUAAAUCCCAUCUUGAAUGUCACGUGAGAGUUCAUACUGGAGAGAAGCCGUUCACAUGUGAUCAGUGUGGGAACAGUUUCCCAAAUAAACAAAAUCUGGAGCUUCACAUGAGGAUCCACACCGGAGAGAAACCGUUCAUGUGCAAUCAGUGUGAAAAGAGAUUCUCAAACAAACAAUGUCUUGAGCUUCACGUGAGAGUUCAUACUGGAGAGAAGCCAUUCACAUGUGAUCAGUGCGGGAAGAGCUUCACACAGAAAGCACAUCUUAGGGGGCACAUGAGGAUCCACACUGGAGAGAAACCGUAUUCAUGUUCUGUGUGUGGAAAGAGUUUUUCACUGCUGUAUAGUUUAAAAUCGGUCAACAAGUUGCAAAAAACACGAGAGGAUCCACAGCAGGGAGAAGCUGCACGCGUGUGA